GCCAGCAGGGGGGAAGAGUACCGGAAGGGACGUAUCGGGGCUUUUAGGGGAAAGGAAAGGAAAAGGAAGGGCGGAGAACCAUGGCAGCUAUGGCUGCUGUGUGCAGUGGUGUAGGGAGGAAGAGCCUGACAGCUACGGCUGUUUGCCUCACGGAUCGCGGAACUCGCACGGCUCUGUGGAGAAGGUGCUGUUCACAGUAUAAACAGGUAACCGGCAAUGAGGACCUGCCAAUCCUGAUGGAAAACCCCUAUAAGGAGCCUCUUAAGAAGUGUGUCUUAUGUGAGAAGCCUGUAGAUUACAAGAAUGUACAGCUCUUGUCCCAGUUUAUUUCUCCAUUUACCGGAUGCAUUUACGGAAGACACAUAACAGGUCUUUGUGGAAAGAAACAGAGAGAAGUAACAAAAGCCAUUAAGAAAGCUCAGAAAAUGGGGUUUAUGCCAGUUACAUACAAGGAUCCUGCAUAUCUCAAAGACCCUAGAGUUUGUAACAUCAGAUACCGGGAAUAACUUUUAUAAAGUUACUGUCAAUAAACCUGUAAGUGGUUACGUCA